AUGGCCCGCAAUCCCCCGGCACCGCCCUCCGCGGAGUCCAAACCCCUCCCGGACCCAUCCACCACCACCACCACCCGAGAAGAACAACAACAACCACUACAGCAACAACAAUCCCCCCAACGCCCCGGCACCUCCGGCACCGAAGCGGCGCUCAAAACCAGCCGCCGCCUCGCGAGCGAGCAGCUGCGCCAGGCCGAGCGCGCCGAGCGCGUCUACCGCGCGCGCAAGCGCGCCGCCGCCGCCCGCGCCAACUACGCCGAGGCCCGGUCCCACCUGCGCCAGGCGCGCGAGCACCUGGCCCUCGGCGCGCGGCUGCUGUUCGGCGUCGUCCGCUGGCUGCCGUACGUGUGGCGCGAGAAGAGCGAGGCGCGGCGCGUGCGCGCCGAGGAGAAGAAGCGCCGGAAGGUGAUCGAGAUGAAGAGGCGGUUGGAAGAGAAGCUUGCUGCGUCUGGCGGGGGGGUUGGUGAUGCCGAUGGCGAUGGUGCGGACGGGGGUGAGGGGGGUAGUGGUAAGGCGGAGGAGGGCCUGGCUGGUGCGAGGGGGGAGAAGGCGGCGGACAGGAUUAGGGUUGUGUGA